UCACUCACUGGAGUGCACACAGAGCUGAGCUGCUGGGAGGUGACACUCACCGGAGGAGAGAUCCGAGCAGUAUUAUGGCUCUGACAAAGGACUCACGUAUUACACUGAAUGAUGGGCACAAGAUACCGGUGGUUGGCCUGGGCACCUACGCCCCCGAUGAGGACCCCAAGUCUCUGGUAGAAGAGGCCGUGAAAGUUGCUCUUGAGGUCGGGUAUCGACACAUUGACUCUGCAUUCAUAUACGGCAAUGAGGUUGAGGUCGGACGAGCUAUCAAUGCGAAGAUCGCGGACGGGACGGUCAAGAGAGAGGAAGUGUUCUAUACUAGUAAGCUCUGGAGCACCUAUCAUUCCCCGGAGUUGGUCCGUCCUGCUCUAGAGAAGUCCUUGAAGAACCUACAGUUGGAUUACAUCGAUCUCUUCCUUAUUCACAUUCCUAUGGAGUUCAAGCCCGGUGAUGAUCUAGAGCCGACAGAUGAGAAUGGAAAACUGAUUUAUCACAAUACUGACAUUCGAGACACCUGGAAGGCAAUGGAAGACCUAAAAGAAGCCGGGGUGGUGAAAUCUAUCGGUGUCUCCAACUUCAACCACAAACAAAUUGAGCUCAUCCUCAACAUGCCGGGACUGAGAUACAAACCUGUGUGCAACCAGGUGGAGUGUCACCUCUACUUGAAUCAGUCUAAGCUGCUGGAGUUCUGCAAGUCACACAACAUAGUCCUGGAGGCGUAUGGGGUGUUGGGCUCUACUCGGGAUCCAGACUGGUACGACCAGACUGCUCCGAUCCUGCUUGAGGACCCUGUGCUCAACUCAAUUGCAAAAAAAUAUGGCCGAACUCCGGCACACGUGGCAAUGAGACACAUGCUGCAGAGGGGGAUAGUUGUCCUUGCCAAGAGUUUUAAGCCGGAGAGGAUCAAGCAGAACUUUGAGGUUUUCGAAUUUGAGUUGAGUGAGGAAGAAAUAAAAACUCUGAACGAACUGAACCAAAACAGACGCUACGUGGAUUUUAAGUGGAAAGAUCAUCCGAAAUGGCCAUUCGAUGAAGAAUAUUAGAUUUGUCUGUUUCUAAAUAUGUGAAAAUUCAAUAAAAUAAUCUGAAGCUAAAAUACUUUUGAGAAUAUGUGUGUGAGAAUAUUGCGCCACCUAAAGGAACAAAUUAAUUAAAGAAAAUGUAUUUGCUAGACAGUUUUUUUAACAGCAUUUUAGAGCUCCAUGGACAUAGACAACAAUAUACAGGAGCCGUCCCGUUGUUAAUAGGAAAAGUUACUGUUUGUACUCUGUGACCUUUUUCUAUGGAACCACUUGGUUAUUUAGGGAUCCAGCCACUGGGCCAAAAUAAUAGGUACCCUUUAAAGAGUACUUGUCAUGAUA